AUGUAUGACCCAAUUACUUUUGAUGCGCUUAUGAAUGAAUUCUAAUUCAGCUUAAAAACAUAGACUUAUAAAUAAAUAGAAUACUUUAAAUAUCUUUGUUCGGAUUACUUUAAUUUAGACGAGCUUAUAAAUAUCUCAUAGAAUAAUUUAAAUGGAAUUCAAAAUGUUAGAGCUCUUUAAAAAUAACUAUAUGAUAUUCAUAUAAAUAAUUAUGCUCUUAACAACCUUUCACAAAUAUUUUAAAUUACUUUAGAUUUUUAUAAUUUUUCUAGGAAAAAGUUGAAAAAAUAGCAAGAUUAGAAUUAAAAAUAAUAUGCUUUUUAAGAAUAAGUAUUUUCUCCAUAGUGUUGCUCAGUUUACUGCAGUCUUAUUGGUUAAUCAAUUGACGUUAAAAGAGUUUCAAAAAAUUUUGAGUAAAUAUUCGAAAUGGAAUAAAUUAGCAUUAUUGGAAAAGAUACCUCUUACUUACUACCAAAGGUAUUGCAUGACGCUCACAAAUUGUCAGUUAAUGAAUUUAUAAACUUUGGAAACAUUGACUGUGUUUUAAACUAAGGUGAGAGAUUUACAUUUGCUUUAAACGGUAAAGGCUUCAUAUUUCCAAUAAAUAUAAGAAUAAAAACUGAAAAAUUCUCAAAUGAUUUCGGUGUAACGACUUUAAUUAAAAAAAUAUAAGAUUCUAAACAUUAUAUCAUUUUUAAUGAAUCGUUUUAAAUCACUGACAUCAGUAGCUUCAUUUAUGAAAAAAUAUUUUCAGAAGAUUAUUCAUUAAACGAAUUGAAGGAUAAGCUAGUUUGUUAUUUUAUUCCGUUGCUUGGGUAGAUUUAAGAAAAUAAAGCUCUCCUGUAAACAGAAGAUGAAGAAAAUUUGUAUUAAACAUGCCUACUGCUCAAAAAGACUUAUAAAAAGAAUUAAAAAUUGGCAAAACUUUAAACCUUUAUAUAAAAAACCAUUUAAAAUGAAGAUAGAAUAUUCUCUUUAGUAUUUAAGAUAAGGAGUCUUUAAUCAAAGCAUAUGAAGCAUAUUAAAUACCUAGAGAUUGAAGAAUUUACAGAAUAAAAAUCUAUUUUAGAUAAAAAAACCUAGCUUAAUUUAUUAAGCAGGCAUCUGAAUAUAGAUUUUAUAUUUUAAGAAGAUGAAAUUGGUUAAAAAAAUAAUGAAAAUAAUUCAGAAAUUUAAGACUACUCGCCUAUUAAAGAUGAUAUAUUCUAAAUAUUAUCUUUAGAUAAUUAGAAGAUCUUUGGAAAAAAUGAAGAAUUUAUUAAUAAUUCUAAGUUAGAGUAAAAUAAUAAUUUGGAAAAUUACACUUAAUUAAAUGUUUGUAGUAAGUUUUCGAAUAUAAAUACUAAUGAGAUAGGGAGAGAAGAAAAUAUAAAUACAGAAAGAAUAAACUCUUAAUAUAAGUAUCUUUAAAAUAACUCAGCUUUAAAAUAGAGUUAGUAAGAAUUACAAAGUGAAAUUUUAUCUUCAAAGCAUGAAAUAAACAGCUUUUAAUAUUUAUUUAAUUAAUCUAAUAGAUUUUUAAUUCCUAAUUCUCGUUAGAAUUAAUCAAAUAUUAAUUGUUUUUCCUCUUCAACAUUAGAUAAAAGUUAAGAUUUUUCUAGUCUGAAAUAAAAAAGUAUUUACACUAAUUAAUUGCAUUAAAAAUCAUUAAAUAUCUACCAAUAAUCUAAUAUCAAUGUGAAUAAUACAAUAAAUUGUUAAAAUAUUAAUUAUAAACCUUUUAUUAUUAGCAGCUUUAAUUAGAGUUAGGCAGAAAAAUCUUCAGAUUCAAAUUAAAGUAUUUCUUAAAAAAAUAAAUAAAUAAGAAAUUAAGUAUAGGCAAACAUUAGAGAUGAAGAGUUUUCAAUAAACAAAAGCCAGUAUAUUAAAAAAUAAAUCCUCAAAAAUAACUCAAAUAAUUAUGUUAAAAAGUAAAAAAAAAUUAUUCCGAUCAAUGAAGAAGAUUAAUAUUAUAAAAAUUCAUUUAAUGGGAACAAAAGCACAUAAUUGUCUUUGAGAAAAAGAAUCACAAAUAAAAUUACUUAAAACUAGAAUACUUAAAUUAUAAGAAUUAUUAUUUUCACAGGUUUAACCUCAAUUAUUUUUCUCUAAGCAAGUGUUCUAGCCUUUUAUUUUUUGAAUAAAAAUAAUUUGGAUUCUAUUUCAAAUUUGUUUAAAAAAUUUAAUUCUGCUACAAUAAUAAACGAAUCAGUUUUUUAAUUUACCAAAGAACAGUCUUUUUCAAUAAUUGCUUUUAAUUUUUAAAAUGUUUUAAAUUUAAAUCGCUUAAUGGUGGAUCCUUCAGAUCCUUCCAAAAAUAUUACUGAGCUAGCUUUCAGAUAAAAUAUUAGUAAAAAUCAAUCAAUAAAUGCAGUUAAGUAAUUUAGCAAAAAUAUUAAUAACAUUCUUUAGUCUAGAGAUGAAGAAUUCUUUAAAUAUAUUUCAGAAACUAAGAUAUAAACAAUGAGUGAUUUUUAUGAUCAUACAAUUUAUACUCACUAAGUUGCGAAUAAUACGAUUUUAUACACUAUGCUUUUAUUUCAGUCAUGUUUGAAUUAGUUAUACUUGCAAGGAAUCAAGGGCGAAUACUACCCUGAAUCAGUUGUUUUUGGAAACAUUUAGGUCUUUAACAGUGCAGUAUCACAAAUUCAAGUGAUGAUUAAUGAUUAACUAAUUAACUAAUAUGAAAAUCUUAAAUAAACCUAAUUAGAGUAAUUAAUUUAGAUAUUAGUUUCUGGAAUUUGCUUAGUAAUUAUUGCAGUUCCAUUCUUGAUUUAUUUUAAGUCUCAAUAAUACUAAAUAAUUAAGCUUUUGGGAUCGUUUCCUCCUUCCCUUUUGCAGUAUUACAUAAAUAUACUUACCAUUUAUUCCAGCUAUUUAGAAUAAUUUGAAAAAAAGGAAAAUCAAAAUAAAAUAAAAAGUUAAUAAUUCGAUUUAAAAUAAACAAUGAAGUCAAUAAGUACAAAUCACCUUUUGCAAGUAUUUGACUCUUAAAUAUAAUAGUAAGAGAGUUUUGAAACAGGUUUCGAACCUGAUAGAAAUUUUGCCUUGAAAAAAAAUGAAGGCAAAUCAAUAUGA